CAUUUUGUAUGAAAGGGGUUAACUAUUAUGAACUAUUACAUGGACGGACUUGAGCAUGAUUUGAUUCAAACGUCGAUUUGUGUCUGAUAAUUAUGUAAUAAUCUGUAAUAUUUCCUGUACAUCCAUUAUCGGCUGUAUGCUUUGUCUAUUACAGUAUACUCUAUGAAGAAAAGUAGUCAACGAUGGACGAACCAGAAGGGACUGAGCAGGCGGGUCAGCCUGCAGAUGGUCAGUCAAACACAAGUGAAAUGCUGAAAUACCUUAACAUGCAAAAACCAGGAUCGGAUCAAGUCCAAAGACUCCCCAAGCUUCUAGGAGAACCAUCAGAAGCCAUCAAAGUCUUUGAGGAAUACAAUAGGAUUGUCUUUUCAGACGAGAUCCAGAGCAUGUUUAAUGACAAGCUGGAUUUCACCAAACCUGAUGUACUCUCAGAAAUGCAGAAUGUUUGGCGCCGUGCAAGCUGCCUUACUCUAGAACGUUGCGGAUUGGACCAAUUCAAACCACUUUUUGCACCAGGAAAAAUCCAGAGCAUGCAUCGCCUUAUGAUGGCUGCAUAUGGAGACUGCCCAGAGGUGGUAAAGAUGCUGUCUUACAUGAGUGAACCAGCCACGCCCUUGCCUCUUCCUAGCGCAUUGGAGGUUGGUGAUGAAAUGCCUGCCAAUCUUCAACUUGUAUCAUUGCACGGUAAACUUAUGAAGCUUUCUGAUCUUCAUAACAACAAGGAUAGACCAACGAUGAUCCUGGCUUCAUCAGCCUCCUGACCUCCGCUUAGGGCCUGCGUAAUAGGUGGUACGCUUGCAGAUAUUGUUCGUGACUACCGAAACCAGGUCGAUUUCUUAGCCGUCUACCUCGCUGAAGCUCAUGCCAAAGGUCAAUGGCCCCUAGGAAGUAACAACAGUUACACGAAAGAACACAAGUCUCUUCAAGAAAGAAUCGCUGCAGCUAAAGACCUUCUUAAAAUAGAUGCAGAUACAUAUAAUUGCAUGAGCGAUGACAUCGCUGAUGUGUCAAAAUUUCGUAUCGUCGUUGACCAAAUGGACAACCUCUUCUCCAGGAUGUUCAACGCGUACCCAGAUCGGGUGGUAUUCAUACGCGAAGGGAAGAUUGUGUAUUUUGGUAAAAACAUCUUAGGACAAAUGCAAGACCCUUCAAGAUUGAUGACACACGAAGCACGUGAAUGGUUAGAAGAAAAUGUUGGAUCUGCUUUCAUUUAAUAUAGAAGGAAGUGUUUGUCAUGGUGAUGAAGAUGUGUUCGACCAAAACGAGUUUGUUCAUAAACUUACCAAAUAUUAUGGCUUGGGUUAACAAAUAAAAUAUAAGCAUCGCCUGUGUCACUAUUUACCAGUCCUUUUGGUCAACCUAGCAAACACAACAGGUUUUCAAAAGGUUGACAUUGUUUAGGUCACUUUUUCAUUGUAGGUAUAAAUCAAUUAGAAUACUGACAACGACAAUAUCUCUUAUGUCAUGAGUGUACGGUGAUGAUAAUAUCGACUUGUAUUGCAUGAUGUAGUAAGCUAUAACCGCACCGACACAAUGGCGCCAAAAUAUCUAAAGGGGCCUUGUAUGACGUAUAAGCCAAGAUUUAUAAAAUAGCUCCGAGGGGCGGAGUUAGCAAGCAUUUUUUGUUUACUUUUUCAAAUACAAAAAAUGUAUUCUUGUGAUGAAAUUCUGAUAUGAUAUUCAGAAAAAUGAUAUCUCAUAUCUCCCAUUUCCCUUUCUUUUCUUAUUUUUCAUGGUCGUGAAAACUGUCAUUAUUGAGGGGUCCAUCAUGACCCCCAGCCCAACUCUCCUCAUAGGUAGCCCAUUUUUUGUUAUAACAUCACCGUUUUAGGUUGGUUGUAGUUAGAUCUUGAUCCUAUGAUGUUCUUCCAAAACCACUGCAGUUUAAGGAACAAUUUUUUCCAUUGCCUAUACAUUUUAUGUACAUUUACACAAAAGAACACUCAGCCUGACACACACUAUCACUUUCCAUAUACAUGUACGUGUAUAUUGCCUCAUUUUUCACAAUGAAUUACAUACAAAAUAACAAAUUUGAAAAUUGAAGAAGUUCUUGUUGACUUUUGACACACAAUUUGAGAUGUUUACAUCAUGUACAUAUCAUAAAUAAUUAUUUUCAUACCGGGCUUGCAUCCAUAUGGUUCAGAAUAAAACGCCACAACAAUUAAUGACUAACAAAUAAUUAACAAAUUACCACAAAGAAUGCCGAUUCUUGUAAAUUGAACAACAAAAAGUUUUAUUAUAUGACAAGUGAGAGCGUUAUGUACAUAAUAGUAAUGUUUAGAUAUAUUUGCAAUAUUUGUUAAAUAAAAGCCCCUGCAUUGGAUUUUGUUCAAUAGACCUAUAUCUAAAGCUUUUACACAUAGGCCUAUAGAGUCAAACUACACUGAUAUAAUUCACUUAACAUGCAUUGUUAUUAACAUCGUAUUCUUAUUAAUUAUUGCUAAUAAGUUAUAAUAAUAUGUUCUUAUUGUUAUUACUUUGGUCAUCAUCUUAAUUGCUUCAUUGUAGAUUAUACGUACAACAAUAAGUGUCAAAUGAAGGUAUGAAAUGAUUUCAUUAUAUUCAUUCCGUAAAAUAUAUAAAUAUAUAUAUAUAUAUAUAUACUCCAUAGAAAAGGCAUUAAAAUAUACGUUCUCGACAUUUUAUAAUCGUAAUAUUGAAAUAAAAAAUGGAUAAUGUGUCUAGCAUAAAUUGGAUUUAUUGGAUUGAUUCUUCGAUUAUGCACAUCAUCUCCGUGUGAAACAUAGCCUAUAUAAGCACGAUCAAGUUUUCAUCUGAAUUUAGAAUAUGUGUACAUGGUGUAGGUUUAUAAUUCGGGUUAGUAAUCAUAUUGGCAAUUGAUAUCUUUGAGGUGAUUGUAUAUAUUGAUUGGCGUAGACAAAACUUAUGACAUUCUAACAAAAAAUAAACCACUAUUUGUGAGAAUUGAUGAAAUAUACUGUUUCUGCCUUUCAAUGCAUCCAGUAACCCUCAAUAAUAUUGUGUUUCGUGUGCAGACUAAAAUAAAGUUUACGUAAGAUUUA